GGAUAUAUGGGGAUAAUGGGACAAUUGAUGGAUUUGAUAAUUGGAUAAAAUUAAUGGUGAAUCUGAGAUUGAUGGGGGUGAUUAGAAAAGGUCAAGGAGAGUCAUGUGCUUGGCUUUGUUUUUAUGUUAUUUAAAUAAUUGUUUGCUGUACUGAGCUUUUGAAUUAUUGCUAUUAAUUUAUUCAUUUUGUUAUCUGUAUUCUCGCGUGAUUUUGUUCUGCUGGGGCACGUUGUUUCGUGUAUUAGAUGCAUUUUCUGAACCUGUCUUUGCUUAAGUAGUAGGUAGAUAGGUGGGAGUUGAAUUCUAUCGGGGUGUAUAUAUAUAGAUAGAUAGCGUGUACUUUUUUGCUGCUCACAAUUAUCAUUUUUUGGAUCCAGAUUCGCUCUAAACUCAAGAUCUGUUUAGGAAAUGGCGAAAGGGACCACAGGACGACGUAGGAAUGGUUCUCGACGAUGCAGGGCCACCCCAUACCCUUUGCCAUCUGCUAACCAUUCUGAACUUGUUCACCAAAAGAAAUGCUCUAAAAUCUUUGAGAAGAAAGACUGGGAAGAUGCAACAUGUUCUGUAUGCAUGGAAUAUCCCCAUAACGCUGUGCUUCUCCUGUGUUCCUCUCAUGACAAAGGUUGCCGCCCCUACAUGUGUGGAACUAGCUUGCGCUAUUCUAACUGCCUCGAUCAGUACAAGAAAGCCUACACUAAAGCAAUACUGCCAGAUAAUAAUCAACCUGUGCAGGGUGAUAAUGAUACUCCAACUGCUGAACCAUUUUCUACUUGGCCUUCUGAGAAAAGCGAGGUCUCAGAAGUUGCUUGCCCACUAUGUAGAGGCCAGGUGAAGGGAUGGACUGUGGUUGAACCUGCUAGAGAAUAUCUAAAUUCAAAGAAGCGUAGCUGCAUGCAGGAUGAUUGCUCGUUUGUUGGAAGCUACAAGGAGAUACGAAAACAUGUUAAGGCAGAGCACCCCUGUGCUAGACCACGUGAGGUAGAUCCUCUUCUUGAACAAAAAUGGACAAGGCUUGAGAGGGAACGAGAGAGGGAUGAUGUUAUCAGCACUAUAACUUCUUCUAUGCCAGGGGCUGUGGUUUUUGGUGAUUAUGUGAUAGAAGGAAGUCAUUAUGGUUUUGAUUCAGAUGAUGAAGAGGGUUUUGAUGCGAAUGAGAUGAUGAAUGGGAAUGAAGGUUUUGGAAUGGGCAUCGAUCGCAACUUGAUGAAUGUGUUUCUGUUUUUGCAGGCUUUUGGUUCAGCAGGGAAUAUUGGGUCAAAUCGGGUUAUGAGGCGGCACGAGAGAGACAUAAGUGAUACUUUGGAUAGAGGUGCUGGUGGAGUUGACCGAAACCUCCCAAUUGGUGGUUUCGAGUACUCUGAUGAUGACAGUGACAAUAGUGGGGACGAUAAUGAUGAUAGUGGUAUGUCACUAGUUGGGCGUCUUCGUCGUGAAGGUAGAGUCCUCUUGGGUCGCUCUGGGAGGAGACGAAGACGUAGAGAGGCCAACGCAGGUCGGAGAUAGAUGUAAUUUGUGUAUGUUUGAAAUUGUGAAAAAAGAAAUAAUUAUAGGUCUUAGUCUAGGAUUUAACUGUGCUCUAACAUUCUCAUGCACAUCUGCCUCAGAUUGAUGUUUGAUACAUGGUAGAUUGUAGGAUGGCUCAGAAAUAUUGGCGGGCACUUGAAGAAAGCUCAGUUUCACUGUGAUUUGUAGUUUGUAAUUUCCUUAUUCUGUCUUUUGAACAUUUAUCUGUCAAUUCUUGUAUUAAUGCAAUUUCUGAUGUACAUUUUUCAUAUCUUGUUCACCUUUUCACCAUUUCAACUUGUAUGAAUGUUAUUUA